CCUCCCCGACACUACAACUCCCACGGGGCAGCGGGCCUCCGCUCCCGCACCCGCCAGGCCGGCAGGCCGCCUGCCUCGCUCGCGGCGGGUUCGGCGGCCGCCGCGGGGAGGGGCGCGAAGAUGGCGGACGCGGUCGCGGGCAGGGACAGGUGCGGGGAGCAGCGGCUCGUGUCGCUGCCGCUGUCCCGCAUCCGGGUCAUCAUGAAGAGCUCGCCCGAGGUGUCCAGCAUCAACCAGGAGGCGCUGGUGCUCACGGCCAAAGCCACGGAACUCUUUGUUCAGUAUCUAGCCACCUAUUCCUACAGACAUGGCAAUGGAAAAGAAAGGAAAGCACUCACUUACAGUGAUUUAUCAAAUACUGCAGAGGAAUCGGAAACUUUUCAGUUUCUUGCAGGUGCCAAAGUUUACCAUGACCUGGCACAGGAAGACAUUAUUAGUUUUGUCAGAGUAUGUUUGUAAUGUGGUUCACCUAGAAUGAUAGUGAAGUCAACAACCUGCACAAGGAUGUUUGGCUGGCUGGGUGGCUGGGGGAGCCUGGCUGACUCCUUACCACUGAAGGGAGAACUCUGGGCUGGUCUUCUCGGCCCCAGAAACAGAGAAACUAGUAGUUGUUGUUGCGGAACAAGCUGUGUGGGCCACAGCUAAAAAAGAGCUUUAGUCUAUCCCCCCGGGGCCCGCCGGCCUGUCUCAGGUGGGUAGGACAGCGUUGCUCCCAGUCGUUACCAGCACACAGGAGCCCAUGGUUUGCGGUCCGUGGAAAGGAAACAGGUCUCUGGCGUUAGUCAGGAGGCAGCGCUGGUUUCCUGCACUGUCACCCAGAGGCAGGGUCGGAAUUCUGUCGUGUUUUGGAACCUGUUCUAGAGUUCAAAGCAGGGACUUGCACAUUUUGAAAUUUGCGUUGCUGUGUUCAUGGUCUGCCAAAACCAAUUGCUGAUGUCAGCUUUAUAUUUUUAAGAUAUAUUACCAAAGAAGAUUUUAGCUAGUAAAUAUCUGAAAAUGCUUAAAGAGAAGAGGGAAGAGGACGAGGAGAAUGACACGGAUGACGGAAGUAAUGGGGACGAAGCAGAGUCCUAAACCCAAAGUCAGCCUGCGGAGCGCCCUCCUGGAUCAGCACCAUUGCUCUGGAUAAGCACAGCACCACGUGACUUUAGACUCUUCAGUUGUCAGAGACUUCAAGUACAUUGUAUGCCCUCCUGGCUGCCUCAGGGCACCUCAUGUGCCCCCGCCGUAGAUGGCCAACAGGAAAGGAACCCAGACGGCAGCCUUUCCCUGAGGGGCGCACGCUGCAGGCCUGGGGCAGGGCGUACCAAGAAAGCUGCCUGUGCGGUCGGGCACGCCUGGUUCAUCUGCCGCGGGUAAGCUGUAGAGGCAGACAAGUUGGCUUAACUUUUUAAUUUACAGAGAGAUUUUCAAGAGCUUCUAAACAUCCGUUGUGUAAAUUCAUAGAUGGCUAUUUGGAAAUUAGUUGUUGUAAACAACUAGCUGUAGUUUGAGCUAAAAAUAUAGUUUAUGGGUAGUAUGUUACAUUUGAAAAUUUUACGAUUUGUCUUAAAUACUGCAUUUUUAUUAACUGAAAAAUAAAUUUCUUUAUUAGAAGCUGUA